AUGUUUGUAGAUACAUCGAAAUAUUUCAAGCCUGAGUCAGUUACAUACUAUGAUCCGAAAAAAGAUCAUAGAGUCGUGUUUCUAACUGGUGCUACUUCUGGAAUUGGGUGGUACACUUGUUUACAUUUAUAUUUGCAUGGGUACAUUGUUUACAUUGCAUCUAGAAACGAGGAUAGAUUAGUCAAGACAAUUGAAGAUAUCAAGGUUGAAGCAUUCAAAAGAACCGAGAAUUAUAGUGAUGAUGAGAAAGCAAGUAGACCAUUGGGAGAAUUAUAUUAUAUUCAACUUGACUUGAGUGAUCUUUCAACUGUUCCCAAGGCAGUAGAACAGUUUGGCAAAAGGGAAAACAAAUUAGAUAUUUUAAUAAACAAUGCAGGGCUCAUGGCUGUACCAUAUCAAAUGACAAAAGAUGGAUAUGAAAUCCAAUAUCAAGUUAAUUUUGUUGGCCAUUUGUUAUUAACUUUACAAUUAUUACCUUUUAUUAAAGAAUCUGAUACAACUCCCCGUAUAAUUAACCUUUCAUCAUUUGGUCAUAAUUUUGAAUUUAAAUAUUUCCAUCCUUCGGAACAUGACUUUAAUAAAUUUCCAAAUGCUAUUUAUACUUGGGUUAGAUAUGGUAAGGCUAAAGUUUCUCAAAUCCAUUUAACCAAAGCUCUUGCCAGUCAAUAUCCUGAAAUUCUUUCCUUUGCAGUUCAUCCUGGGAUUGUUUUUGGUACAGGGUUAUUUGAUUAUUAUAAAUCAAUUCCAAUUUUGAAGUAUUUAAAUAAAGCCGCAUUUGAAGUGUCUGAUAAGAUUGCGGGACUGACUAAUGAAGAAGGAAGUUUAGCUACAUUAAGAGCAGCUAUGGAUCCAGAAUUAACUUUAGAGAAGGAUAAUGGAAGUUAUUUGGUUACUGGAGGUUCAAUUGAGAUUCCGAGUAAAGUUGCUACCACACAGGAAAAUAUUGACGAGACUUGGAAUUGGAACAUUGAAGAAUUAAAGAAACGUGGAUUUAACUUUUCUAUUUAA